CAAACAAUAUUUAAUUCUUAUAUAUAUUUUUAAACUAUUAAUGAAGAAAGAAAAAUCUUGAUAAAGCCGGCUUUUAUGUAAGUAAAGUUGAGUAGCUGAGGCAGGGUUGGAGUCGAUCGUCCUCGUAAACUUCUCCCUCCUCUCUCGACUCUCUCAGAUCUGUUUCUCUUUCCCUCCGACAGAUAAGCUAAUUCCUCAAUCGCCAUAGCCAUUAGCCAUGGCGAUUAGGUCUUUUCUUUUUCUUAUCUUCUUUUUCUCUUAUCUAAAUCCGAUGUUUUCUCUCUACGAAGAUCAAGUGGGCCUCAUGGAUUGGCAUCAACGAUACAUCGGGAAAGUGAAGCAAGCAGUGUUCCACACUCAAAAAACUGGUCGAAAACGAGUCCUAGUAGCCACCGAAGAGAACGUUAUAGCUUCACUUGAUCUCCGCCACGGCGAGAUUUUUUGGAGACAUGUGCUGGGGUCUAAUGAUGUUAUCGAUGGAAUUGAUAUUGCUCUUGGAAAAUAUGUCAUCACCCUUUCAUCGGGAGGAAGUAUUUUAAGAGCAUGGAACCUUCCUGAUGGGCAGAUGGUGUGGGAAUCUUCUCUUCAGGGUCCAAAGCACUCAAAAUCAUUGUUAUUAGUGCCGACAAAUUUGAAAAUUGAAAAGGAUAACGUAGUCAUCAUUUUUAGCAAUGGACGCCUCAAUGUUGUUUCUUGCAUAGAUGGUGAGGUCCUUUGGAAGAAGGAUUUUGAAGCAGAAAGCCUUGAGGUUCAGCAGGUAAUUCAGCCUCCUGGCAGUGAUUUAGUAUACAUUGUAGGAUUUGCUGCUUCAUCCAAGUUUGAGAUAUAUAAAAUCAAUACCAGGAAUGGAGAGUUGUUGCAGCAUGAAAGUGCAGCCUUUUCUGGUGGGUUUUUGGGAGAUGUUUCGCUAAUUUCUAGUGGGACAGUUGUGGCUCUUGAUUCUACAGGGUCAAUUUUGCUAACAAUAAGUUUUCAGAAUGGAAAAAUUAGUUUUCAACAGACACCCAUUACAAAUCUUGUUGAGGAUUCUUUGGGACCGGCAGUAAUAAUACCUUCAUCAAUCUCAGGAAUAUUUGCAAUUAAAAUGAAUGCUAUUACUAUAUUUAUUAGAGUGAUUGGUGAGGGCAAGUUGGAGGUGGUGGAAAAAACAAAUCAUGAAACAGCUGUUAGUGAUGCUCUUUCAAUCUCUGAGGGGCGACAAGCUUUUGCAUUGAUUCAGCAUGUAGGCAGCAAGAUUCAUCUCACAGUGAAGCUUGCGCAUGAUUGGGAUGGUAAUUUGCUUAAAGAAAGCAUUAAAAUGGACCAGCAACGAGGGCUUGUCCACAAGGUUUUCAUAAAUAACUAUACUCAACUGAUAUGUUUAUGAUUGGGCCUGAUUUGAUGGAAAAUCAUAUUGUUAUGUCACCAAGGUGAGAUUGUAUGGAGCAGGGAAGUGGCCUGCAUCAAAUAACUGAAUGUAAAACAAUUCGCUAAUUCUCCUGUGGCAAGGGAAUUUGUGAAGGACACAACCUCUUUGAAUGCUAAGAUGCUCUUUUUUCUUAAGGGACAUAUGCUGAAGCUGAAGGGAACACUAAUGCUUGCAAGCCCUGAGGAUAUAGCAGUCAUACAAAGUAUGAGAUUAAAAAGUUCUGAGAAAAGCAAGAUGACCCGAGACCACAAUGGCUUCCGGAAACUGCUCAUAGUACUAACAAGGGCAGGGAAGAUUUUUGCCUUGCAUACUGGAGAUGGACACAUUGUCUGGUCUCACUUGCUACAGUUUCUACACAAAUCAGACACAUGUCAACAUCUGAUAGGACUAAACUUGUAUCAGUGGCAGGUUCCCCAUCAUCAUGCUAUGGAUGAAAACCCGUCAGUUCUUGUAGUUGGCAGGUGUGGUCCAAGUUCAGUUGCGCCAGGUGUACUUUCUUUUGUUGACACUUACAGAGGGAAGGAGCUUAAUUCUUUAAGUCUUGUUCAUUCUGUUGCCCAAGUUAUUCCACUGCCAUAUACAGAUUCAACAGAACAGCGACUCCAUCUGCUAAUCGAUGCUGAUAAGCAUGCACAUUUGUACCCCAAAACUCCCGAGGCUAUUAGUAUUUUCAAACGUGAGUUUUCAAACAUAUACUGGUACUCAGUUGAGGAUGAUAAUGGCAUCAUCAAGGGGCAUGCUUUGAACAGCAAAUGCUUUGGUGAAGUGGCUGAUGAAUUUUGCUUUGACAUUAGGGAAUUGUGGUCAGUUGUGUUCCCCUUGGAAUCAGAAAAGAUCAUUGCAACUGUCACUAGAAAAUUGAAUGAGGUGGUACAUACUCAAGCAAAGGUUAUAGCAGACCAGGAUGUUAUGUAUAAAUAUAUUUCAAGAAAUCUACUUUUUGUGGCAACUGUUGCACCCAAAGGCAUUGGUGAAAUUGGAUCUGUUACACCAGAAGAAUCAUGGUUGGUUGCAUAUCUUAUUGACACUGUAACUGGUCGUAUAUUGCACCGGGUAACUCAUCAUGGUUCACAGGGUCCUGUUCAUGCUGUUUUUAGUGAGAACUGGGUUGUCUACCACUACUUCAAUCUUAGAGCACACAGAUAUGAGAUGUCAGUCAUUGAAAUUUAUGACCAGUCUCGGGCUGACAACAAAGACGUUUGGAAACUUGUUCUUGGAAAGCACAACCUUACUUCACCGAUUUCUUUAUAUUCUCGACCAGAAGUCAUAACAAAAUCACAGUCGUACUUUUUCGCCCAUUCUUUGAAAGCUAUAGCAGUGACAUCUACAGCGAAGGGUAUAACUUCAAAGCAGCUUCUCAUCGGUACAAUUGGUGAUCAGGUUUUGGCACUUGAUAAGCGUUUCCUGGAUCCUCGUCGAUCGGUUAACCCCACACAAGCGGAGAAAGAGGAAGGCAUUAUACCACUAACAGAUUCAUUGCUAAUCAUUCCUCAGUCCUAUGUUACACAUGCCCUUCGAGUGGAAGGUCUUCGAGGUAUAAUAACUGUGCCAGCCAAGCUGGAAUCAACGACCCUUGUCUUUGCACAUGGUGUGGACCUCUUUUUCACUCAGCUUGCACCUUCAAGGACGUACGAUUCUCUCACAGACGACUUCAGUUAUGCCCUACUUCUCAUUACAAUCGUGGCACUUGUAGCUGCAAUCUUUGUAACGUGGAUUUUGUCUGAGAGGAAAGAACUACAAGAGAAAUGGAGAUAAGUCUCUCCUCUUUAUAUUUGUGUACCAACAGUUUUCCCUUUUUAGAUGACUGAUGCUUUAUGAUUUGAAUUAGAUUAGGAGGUUCCCUCCUGACUUGUAAUUCUUAUAAAUUUUUAACCAUGCCCUCUUUUA